GGAUAUGGGGAUCGAAUUAUUUAGAAAACAUAUAAUGUCAUCUAAUGAUGUACGACAAAAGACUUUGAAUGGUUUACUUUCGCUGAUCAAACGUGAUAGGGAUGGCGAAGAGGUUAAUAAUCGUCUGCUGCAUUCCUUAAUACAUAUGUAUAUCGACCUUUCCGUCUAUUAUAAUCGGUUUGAAAGUCCAUUCCUACAAGAGACUCGUAAUUAUUAUUAUCAAGAAGGACAUCGACUUGUAACUGAGUACUCCGUACCAAGAUAUCUUGGACACGUCAAAUCGCGAUUAUAUAUGGAAUGGGAGCGGGUCAACAACUAUUUAGACAAAAAAACAAGGAGCCCCUUGACGAAAGUUGUUUAUGAUGAAUUGAUCAAAAGACACGUUGAUACUAUUCUGGAAAAAG